AUGCCUCAACAGAAUGACACAAUUGCGCCCGUUCAGCAACAGCCGUUGAAUGAUAAGCAUGGGGACUCAGUGCAAGACGUCAAGGACAAGGAGGUGGUAGACUCUGAGGGUCAAUUGCACAAUGCGGCACCAGCUCCGACAGAAGCUAUUCGCAAGAUUUGGACAAAAUAUCCCCUGGUUGUCGCAUUCGGUGGGCGAGUUAACCUUGUGCGCGAAAUAAUUACAAUAUGCUGA